UCUUUUCCCUUCUCUGAUGCUGUUUAGGUCAGUCAAUCGCUACAGUGUCGCCAAUGGAUCGCUCGCCAAAGCAGCGCUGCGUUGAAUUCCUGAUUAGUCCUCGAUUUGCCUCAAAUGUGCUGGUCUUCGUCCUGGCAGUGACAGCCGCAGCGUCUGGGCUCAUCGGCAAUCUCACGCGCAAUCUCAAGGCGGCUCCCUCGGGCGCUGCUACAAUCUUCUCGGAGAUCUCCGAGUAUUCCAACCUGAGAAUUUUGAGGCAGGCAAUUGAGAGAGCGAAGCUCAGGGAGUUUAUGUCCGACCAUGAGAAAUGCCUCACUCUCUUUGCACCAACAGAUAGUGCUUUCGAGAGUGUUUUGCACAAAAGGCUUCUUCCGUGCGUUACGAAUCACUACAACGUGAAUCGUUGUUCGUCUCUCGAUCAGCUUCUCUCUUCUACAAGCCUCAACAAGUUGCUUCUAAAUCAUGUGGUCGAUGGUAAUUUGUCGCUGGAUAGUUCUGCAAAGGAGUCAUUUCUUCACUUUCUCGGAGACUCUGUGGAAAAGCUCGUUAAGAAUGAGACUGGCCAUGCAAGCAUUGGAAACGCUGCUGUUAUCGUGGCAAACGUACGUGUUGGAAACGGAAUGAUGCAUCUGAUAGAUAAUGUAUUGGGAAGCGUUGAUCCGGAAAGUGGUUUAUCCUCCGAUGUCUCGCUGGAUGCUGAGGCUGUUUUAAGCGCUCUCAAACUCACAGAUGCCGACUUUUUCAACGUUACAAAGAGGCAAGAAAUGGCCGAAGGAGCCAAAGCCUUGAACAUUCCUGGCUUUCAAAGGAAUAGGAACCAGGUUGGUUAUCCGGAUGGCGGACUAACGAAUGCCCCCGUGCUAGUCUUUGAUCCAAGUAUGAACGAGGCAGACUUUACGGGUCCGGACACGAAGUUUUCCUACCCUUCACUUGCUUCAGGCAUUAGUCGGCCUUCUACAGACGAGGACCUCGCUUUCAUGACCAUUCUCGAGCUCGGGGCACUCCUCAAGAGCAAGCAGGUGACCUCAGUGGAACUUGUGAAAGUUUUUUCUGAACGGCUGAAGAGGUAUGACAGUACUCUCAAAGCUGUUGUAACAUAUACAGAGGAGCUAGCACAAGCGCAAUCGUUAGCGGCUGACAAACUACUACAGCAAGGAACUUAUUUGGGACCAUUGCACGGAAUUCCUUAUGGUUUGAAGGACACAAUUGCGGUUCCAGGGUACAGAACCACUUGGGGAAGCACAAGUUUUAAGGACCAGUUCUUCAACGAGGAAGCAUUUGUUUAUACCAGACUCAAAGAGGCUGGAGCUGUGCUAAUAGCGAAACUGGCUACGGGCUCCCUUGCUUACGACGAUAUUUGGUUUGGAGGUCGGACGAGAAAUCCCUGGAAUAUUGAGGAAUUUUCAACUGGAUCUUCUUGCGGACCUGCCGCGGCCACAUCUGCUGGAACCAUUCCUUUUGCUAUUGGAUCGGAGACAGCAGGCUCAAUAUCUUAUCCUGCUGCUCGAACUGGAGUGACGGCCUUCAGGCCAACAUUCGGAAUGGUGAGCCGAUGGCAAAUUAUGAGCCUAUCAGAGAGCCUGGAUAAGAUCGGUCCGUUUGGUAGAAGCAUCGAGGAUUGUACUAUCGUGCUAGAUGUACUACGUGGAAAAGAUCCUCGCGAUCUCUCCUCGAAGAACAUCAAGCUAAAGGAUCCGUUCUCGAUUGAUGCGAAGAAGCUGACUGUCGGCUAUUUGCCGGAUGCAGAGAUGGAAGUUGUGCGUAUCUUAAAAGAGCAAGGUGUGAAGAUGGUACCAUUCGAUCUAAAAUACAGCGUCGACUCCGCGCAGCAGAUUCUAAACUUCACCAUGGAUGUCGAUAUGCUGGCACAUUUCGAUCACUGGCAGCGCGCUGGCCUCGACGACGCGUACGAAGCACAGGAUCAGUGGCCAGUUGAGCUCCGACGAGCGCGUCUCAUCUCGGCAGUCGAUUACGUCCAGGCACAGCGAGCACGUCACAAGCUCAUCUCCGAGGUGCUAGAAGCACUGAAAGGCAUUGACGCAUUUAUAGGAAACGCUACAGACUGGGAGAAAGUUGCCGUGGGCAAUCUCGUGGGAAUGCCAGUGGCCAUCAUCCCAGCCGGCUUGAAAAGCAUUCAAAAUCCACCACCGGAAGGAACUCGGCGGAGAACCACAGUGACCGCGGGGAUAUAUGCCCGACCAUACGGCGACUCGGAGGUAAGCAAACAGAUCUUUCCAGAGACCAUUUAUUUAUAUCGUGAGAGCUUCACAGGUUUUGGCACUGGCAAUGGCCUUCCAGAAAGUCACAAAGCAUCACCUCCAGCGCCCACCGGUCGACAAUGUCAAGCCAUAGUUUUGUAUGAACGAGAACAAAGUUCUCCCAAGCUCUCAGCUUCCUCGGUAAGUCGUGAAGCUGAAGGGCGACAGCAGCAAAGGGACGUGAAAGUGCUGGAACUCCUGUGGCGGCUUGAUGUCAAAGAUGAUGCAAACGUAAGGAUAGAAUGGCCCAGCGCCGUCGCUGCUCGCCGUGAAGGAGAGAUACUUGCCAGUGUUGAAAGUCAGCCUGUAAACUCCAGCGGCGACUCGCUCCGAGGCUUGCAUUAGAGGACCCGAGCGUCCAUCCUGGUUUGUCACCGAUGUUCCCAGCGGCAUCCAAGACGUGUCCUCGAGACGCUCCAGCGAGAUUUC